AUGGUGGGAGCAGCGUGCCAGCAAAGCCCAUAUUUCGUACACAUUCCAGACUUUAUAGCAUUCAAAAACCUCAGACGCCUUAAAAUACGUUGGUAUCACAUCUACCUGUAUCUGGAUGUAGAAAUGGGCUCGCGAGUUGGGCUUAGCAAAGAUAAGAACUCAGAGGAAAUGAGAACGUCUUGUUUGAGGGUCUCUCAAAUAAUGUUCGAACUUACUGACCGAGAGGUCCAUGCUUUAAACUCACCUUCUGCAUCUCGACUGCUCCUAUCUAGGUUUCGGCAGCCUGGCCUCAUGCUUCCUUCGGGUAACAUGACAGCUACUCACCGAAAGGGUGUUACGGCUGAAUGA